UGUUUUCGUUGACGGAUAUUUCGUACGGUUCGGAAGAACUCGCUGAGUCAACUCGGUGUGCUGAGUAUUUGCUGAGUUUGGAAGGAAGGCUUUGGUGAGUUGUGAUUCGUUAUUCGACUUGGACGAUAUAAUUCUCCGCAUGACUACGAGGAAGGUGACGGUGAAGCUCGACGUCGACGACGCUCCGGCUCACAAACGGCCCACACUCGGGUCGUCGUCUCCGCUGCGAGGAGGUGACACGUUGGCGGCCGCGGCGUUGGGGUAUGAUCCGCUGGAGGAGCCGAGCCCGCUGGGUUUGCAGCUGAGGAAGAGUCCGUCGCUGUUGGAUUUGAUACAGAUGAGGCUGACUCAGCAGAAGGCUGUGAAAUUAGGCAAGAAGAGUCACAAGGGAGCUGCCGCUGCUGGUUCUGGUGCAACUGAUAAGCUCAAGGCCAUGAACUUCCCGGCUUCGCUGUUGAAAAUUGGAGCAUGGGAGUAUAAGUCGAAGCACGAAGGGGAUUUAGUGGCGAAAUGUUAUUUUGCAAAGCAUAAGCUGGUGUGGGAGGUUCUUGAUGGGAGUCUGAAGAACAAGAUGGAAAUUCAGUGGUCAGAUGUUGUGGCUAUCAAGGCUCACUAUCCGGAUGAUGGACCGGCCACUUUGGAUGUUGUGCUUGCUAGACCGCCUCUAUUCUUUAGGGAGACUAAUCCGCAACCUAGGAAACAUACCUUGUGGCAGGCGACAACAGAUUUUACUGAUGGACAAGCCAGCAUAAACAGGCGACACUUCCUGCAGUGUCCGCACGGCUUGCUUUUUGGCAAGCAUUUUGAAAAACUUAUUCAAUGUGAUCCUCGUCUCAACUUUUUGAGCCAACAGCCAGAAAUUGUCUUAGAAUCUCCUUUCUUUGAAGCCAGAGUUUCAGGAACAAGCGACACUGAUGAAUAUAGACAUCAAUUUAAUUCCAAGCAUGAAGAUAGAUCCAUAUUUGGGUUGCAGGGGUCUUCAUCACCUUCUGGAACUCAUUCAUCCUCAUCUAAAAAUGAAGACUUUGCUGGUAAAGCUCCUGAAAGUUAUUCCAGGGAGGUUUCUUCAACUAUCUCAGUAUUGGACACACAUGCAAUUGCAGAGAAGGGUAAUUUUGGAGCUGGAAUUUCAAAGAUGCCAGGCAAUUUUGAUCAAAUCAAAGUUCCAGGACUUCGCUCAUCAAUGUCAGUGAGCGACUUCGUUAGCCACAUUGGACAUUGCAUCACUGAAAAGAUGGCUGGUACUCCCAUGGCCGGCAAGGAUCAACCUAGCAGUGACAUUCUAGAGGACAUUACACAAUACUUGUUUAAUGACUCGCAAUUCACCUUACCAUCUGAUGAGCAGUUCCUUAUGUCAAGGGUCAACUCCCUUUGUUGCCUUCUGCAGAAGGAUCCUUCUACUGUACAAAACUUGCAUGCCAGGAGUGAUGGUGGGAGGAUGGCCGAAACUAACUCUCCUUCCGCAUCAAACUAUCAGAGCAAGAUUGCAGAAGGAUUUGUUACACCCAAGAUUGAGAGCACCGAUGUAGCGGACAAUGAACAACCAGGAAUCCCGAGAAGGGAUUCAUUUGGGGAGUUUCUUCUUAAUAUGCCUAGGAUAGCUUCUCUUCCUCAAUUUCUUUAUAAUCUCUCAUAAGAUAAUGAGAAUCAGAGGCUCAGAGCUACAUAGUUUCACCUACCAUCCAAAACUACAUUUUGUAAAUAAAGCGUAGAGAUCAGGCUGUAGUCUACCGUCUGUGAAUACAGUAGCUGGCAUAUGUAAAUACAGUAGUUAAGAGGUGGUUACUCAAACGCUGGCGGCUUAGGGAUUUGGAGAUGUAUGUUGAUGAAGAGUCCUCGCAGUCGAUUGAGCUGAUAAGCCUGUUCUCUGUGGUACGUUGUGUUCUACCCGUGUAUACUAUAGAAUAAAUUUGAGAGCCGAGGACUACCCAAGAUUAUUACCUUUUCAAAAAGUGAAUAGCAGGAUGAUGUUUGCUUUGUU